CCGCAACUCAACCACAGUUAGCGUAACCCCACUCCAACGUCCCUCCUCCUCCACAGCACGCUCUUCUUUUUCGCCAUCCCGCAUCUCUUUUCUUUACUCUCACUCGUUCACUGUCACCGACACCACUGCCCGUCCAGCGCGCAGAUCUCCUCGGCAAUGGCAAGCACCGUGGCGACGAAGAAGCUCGCAGCUCUCCCCUACGCCCUCUUGCUGCUCUCCUGGACGACGGCUGUCUGCACCGCCCAUAAUAUCACCGCUAUCCUCGAAGGAUAUCCGGAGUACUCGCAAUACAACAACUACCUGACCCAGACGAAGGUGUGCGAUGAGAUCAACGACCACGAGACGGUCACCUGCCUCGUCCUUGACAACGCCGCCAUGUCCGCCCUCGUCGCCAAGCGCCCUCUCGCCGCCAUCAAGAACGCCCUCCGCCUACUCACGCUGCUGGACUACUUCGACCCCGUCAAACUCCACGCCCUCCCCAGCGGUUCCACCCUCUCCACCACCCUCCUACAGACCACCGGCAACGCGGCCGGAAACCUUGGCGCCGUCAACGUCACCGACCUCCGUGGAGGCCGCGUUGGCUUCGCUUCCACCUCCCCUGGCUCCAAGUUUGACUGCACCUACGCCAAGUCCAUCCAGCAGAUACCCUACAAUCUAUCCGUCCUCGCCGUCUCCGCUCCCAUCGUCUUCCCGGGCCUGCUCGACGCGCCCACUGCCGCCUCCUCCAACCUCACCGGCCUGCUCGAGAAGGCCGGUUGCAAGAACUUCGCAAGGCUGCUGGUCACCUCCGGCGUGCUUAAGAUUUUCCAGGACGCCAUGGGCAAGGGCCUCACUCUCUUCGCGCCCAACGACGACGCGUUCAAAGCGCCCGGAUCGCCGGAUCUGAACUCCCUCAGCAGCGCAGAGCUGGUGACGCUCCUUCAGUACCACGCGAUCCCGAGCUACACCCCCAAGGCGUCGCUCAAGUCCGUCGCCGGCCGUCUCACCACCCUCGCGUCAAGCGCCGCCGGAAAGUACGAUCUCUCUGUCGUCUCUCACGGCGACGACGUGUCGCUGGACACCGGGGUUGACUCUUCCCGCAUCGCCAGCACGGUUCUCGACGACACCCCCGUCUGCAUCCUCACGGUCAGUAACAUUCUCCUUCCCAGCGAGCUCUUCGGCGCGGCACCCUCCCCGGCUCCCACCCCAUCAGCCACCCCCGUCGAGGCGCCAACCCUUGCUCCCGCACCGUCGGCUAAAGCCCCGUCGACGAAGUCACACAAGAAGCAUCAUUCCCCUCCGGCUCCCCCAACUUCGUCACCGGAUGUAGCGCCGUCGGACGCUCCUUCAGCGGCCGCAGACAAGGCGGAGGUUAAAGCGUCGUCCUCGUCGACGAUGCAGAUCUGGACACUGGCUACCGUCGCUGUAGUGGUUUUGGCUACCUCGGUCAUGGCUUCUCUUCCAUGAUAGGAUAUUGCUGCAUCUACCUCUCUUUGAUUUAUUCCUCAUGUGCCCGCUGCGCAUGCUCUCUCCUUUUCUUUUAGUUGAUCUGAUUUCCAGCCUGGGAUCGUUAUGCUGUUCGUGCUAGCUCUAAAACGAAACUCUUCGUUUGGAGCUCACUUUGAGCCGUGGAUGUGUUGUUUUUUUUCCUUCAUUUUUGUUUUGGUUCUCUUAUUGUUCAUUUGUGUUCACUUGUGUCUAGUGAAAACGAAGUUCGAUUUUCGUCACUGUAA